UUCCCUCUGAUCCAAUCCUGCCCGCUGACCAAUACCGGAAAUUACUUGAUGCUUUCUCAACAACUUACAUAACCACCACCUCGCCUACUUACCAACGCCUUUUCUCUGAAUCGCCCUGGUUUGACAAGGAAUGUAAAGCCCUAAGAAGGCGAAUUAGGAAAAUGGUCAGAAUCAUCAAAUCUUCCAACGACCCCCAAACCCGUGCAAAGCUCAUAGAUAUUAAAAGGACAUAUAGAAACAUGAUUCAUUGCAAGAAGCAGCAGUACAUCUUUGAGGCUUGGUCCACUCUUCGUUCGGCUGUAGAGAGGCAUGACUCCCGCUCCUUCUGGCGCCUAGUUAGACCUUCGGCACCAUUCAAUCCAGCUACCCAGAUUUCCGCGGAUGAAUGGAUUGCUUAUUAUUCAACUAGUUUCGCUUCUCCAAACCAUCUUACAGAUCUCCUUCAAUCCCCAUUGGACCUCAGUUCCUGCUCUCUUAGUCCCACUUCUUCAAUAAACUUUACUUCAACUCGCAUUUUCAACAUCAUAAUGUCAAUGCAAAGGAAUAAGGCCCCCGGCCCAGACAUGGUCCCGUUGGACCUUUUCCUGACUGAUCCUCUUUGGUGGAGCGAACACCUGACUCCUGUAUUCACCGCUAUCUCCUCCGCCCUAGACAUCCCCGACUCCUGGAGAGAAGCUAUAAUAGUUCCGAUCUUCAAAG